AUGCCGGGGAUGCCGCCCGUGUACACAAUGGCCGCGAUGCAGCCGGGGGCGCCGCACCCUCAGCACCACGUGGCGGCGGCGGCGGCGGCGGCGGCGGCGGUGGCGCCGCUGCAGCAGCAGCUCUUGGCACAGCAGGCGGAGGAGAUGAGGAAGAGCGCGAAGCGAGCGGCUAACCGCAGGAGCGCCAACACGUGCCGGCUCCGAAAGAAGUUCUUCGUGGAGAACAUGGCGGACGCGAACGAGCGGAUGAGGAAGAGGGCGCGGGUGCUGUCCCUCCUGCCGGACAUGAUCCUGGCCAUGCGGCGGGACGGGGUCAUAACCUACGCCAGCGAGAACUGCCGGCAGUUUCUGCAGUUCACGAGACAGGAGGUGGAAGGCACCAACAUCUUCGACCUCGUGGAGAGCGGGAGCCACAACCGUCUCCGCCGGCUGCUCGAGGAGAACCUGGGGUCGGUCAGCAAGGAGGCCAUCGCGUCGGCGCUGCGACACCAGGGCACGACCUUCGAGUCCCUCCUCGCCCGCGCCGAGAAGGCCAAGGAGCAGGGUGACUUUGGAUUCUUCACGAUGAGUGGGGAAGCCCCGCGGUUUCCGGGGCCGACACGAACGGGCAGGGGUGGCGGCGGCGGCGGCGGCGGCGGCAGCGGAGUGGGAGACAUGGGCGGCAGCACGGACGACUGGGAGAGCGAAGCCGCGAGCUUGGCGGGCGAGAGUCAGGGCCGCAAGACCGGCGCUUCGUCCAGCAGCGGCGGUGGCGUAGCUAGCGGGGGGAGCAGCGGCGGCGGGCGAAAGAUAAAGCGAUGGAGCACGGUGGGGAGCAGCGGGAGUGGGGGCCUGAGCGACAGCAGCAGCGGAGGCGGCGGGGUAGGAGGAGGAGGAGCAGGGAAGGGGAAAGACGCAUGGAAGUAUCGAAGAUCGUUUCCCCCGCUUGGCCCACCAGCGUUUCCCGUAGUAGCAAGUGGGGAGAGAGUCACAGGAGGGGGGUCGGCAGCAGCGGGGGGGGGGGGGACGCAGUCGGGAGGAGGAGCCAACGGCGCGGCGGGAGGCACGCGGCACGCAAAGGGCGGUGGUUCUCUUUUGCCGGAGGGAGCGAAGGCGAGAGAGGUCGGGGGGGCGGCGAGGAAGCUCGAGCUUUGCUCUGAUGCACAGGGCGAAAGGGCUGGAGGCGGCCCAAUUAGCGGUGGGAGUGACGGCGGUGGCAGCGGCGGCGGCAAGGCGAGCAUGGUCAACGUCGACCGCGACCUCCAGUCCAAGAUCAACGCGUUCACCAACACCCAGAAGGACUUGUGCAAGCUGGAGAUCAUGAGGCAGGACCAGAAGUUCGAGUGGUACGAGGUCCGCAGCUCGAUGCGCCUGGCGUGGCUCAAGGCGAAGCAGAUGAUCAUCCCCGUGGAGGUGAUCUGCUCCUUCCAGCAGAUGCACACCGAUUGUCCCGCGGGGAGCGCCAACGGCAUCGUCGCUCGGCUCCAGAGGACAGGGCUGCACCGGACGCAGGCAAGCACGCCGGCCAUAGAUAGCGCUGGCACGUGGAAGAGAAUGUGA